AUGGCAGGUAUUGGAGAAUCUCGUAGUGAACUAUUAUCAUGGUUAAAUGACCUUCUAAAGCUGGACUACACGAAAGUCGAGCAGUGCGGAACUGGCGCAGCUUAUUGCCAAAUCAUGGAUUCAAUAUACGGUGAUCUACCAAUGAAUAGGGUUAACUUUUGUGCAGGCUCUGAGUAUGAAUACUUCACCAAUUAUAAGAUAUUACAAUCGUGUUUCACUAAACAUAAGAUAGAAAAGAGUGUACUAGUGGAAAGAUUGGUGAAGUGUAGGUUCCAAGACAACCUGGAGUUUCUGCAAUGGAUUAAGAAAUUCUGGACUCAACAUAAAGAUGAAAGUGAAUACGAUGCUGAAGUGAGAAGAAAAGGAAGAGCGGGUCCUAGUAAUCCAUCUGCAGUUUCCGGGAAUAAAAGGCCUGUGAGUAGCUCGACUGCUUCCAAACCGCCAAUAAGGCAUAUCAGAAGCAAUGUCAUUCAAAAUAACAUUAGGAAAUCGUCAAAUGAACAAUUACUCUCUCUUCAGACAGAACUAUCAGAAACGAGGAAUCAGCUAUCAGAGCUGGAAAAAGAAUGCAGUCAGUAUAAAGAGCUAAAUACUGCCUACCUGAAGGAACGUGAUUUCUAUUUCGGAAAGUUAAGAGAUAUUGAAAUCAUUGCACAAUCUACUCAAGAUCUUUGUGAUGAAGGUGUUUAUGAAAAUGACAAAGAAUUACGACCCUUUUUGAAUAGAAUCCAACAGAUCCUUUAUGCCACGGAGGAACAAACCGAACCCUUCGUCGAAGAAAACGUUGAACAAGCAUCCACAAAUCCCAUAAUAGACGAAGAGACGUUUUAA